UCCCGGUGCAGGCCCUUCCCGAGCGGCCAAAUUAACUGGUUCUGUCUGUCCAACUGGGAGAGCAGCUCUGGCUAAAAAUAGCGUCCUGCUCAGCGCUACCUGCGCCCGCCGGGAGCCCGGGCCACGACUGUGGGAGUGCGGGCCGCGACAGUCCCGGGAGCCUGGGAGCCCCGCACGCCCCCACCCCAGACCUGGCCCGGGUCCCAGCCCGAGGCCGAGUGAGCGCUGUGCCCACAGGUGCCGCGGCGGGUGGAAGGCCCGCGGGCCGAGGAGCGGCCGAGGCCGUCAGGGAUGGGAGCGGGCGGCGCGGCCUCCCGCGCACUCGCCUGGGCCUCCCUGCCCCUCCUGGGGCCUCCAGCCAGCGUGCUCUGGGAGGACAAGAUUUACUGCCCAGAGUCGCCCCAAGAAAGGCCGGGCUCCCGACGCAGCCUGCCCGGCAGCCUCACCGAGAAGAGCCCCAGCAUGGAGCCCUCAGCCACUACACCAUUCCGGGUCACGGGCUUCCUCAGCCGCCGCCUCAAGGGCUCCAUCAAGCGCACCAAGAGCCAGCCCAAGCUGGACCGCAACCACAGCUUCCGCCACAUCCUGCCGGGGUUCCGGAGCGCCGCCGCCGCCGCCGCCGCCGCCGCGGACAAUGAGAGGUCCCAUCUGAUGCCCAGGCUGAAGGAGUCUCGCUCCCACGAGUCUCUGCUCAGCCCCAGCAGCGCCGUGGAGGCACUGGACCUCAGCAUGGAGGAGGAGGUGGUCAUCAAGCCCGUGCACAGCAGCAUCCUGGGCCAGGACUACUGCUUCGAGGUGACAACGUCCUCAGGAAGCAAGUGUUUCUCCUGCCGAUCAGCAGCCGAGAGGGAUAAGUGGAUGGAGAACCUGCGGCGGGCAGUGCACCCCAAUAAGGACAACAGCCGGCGUGUGGAGCACAUCCUGAAACUGUGGGUGAUUGAAGCCAAGGACCUGCCAGCCAAGAAGAAGUACCUGUGUGAGCUGUGCCUGGAUGACGUGCUCUAUGCCCGCACCACCGGCAAGCUCAAGACGGACAAUGUCUUCUGGGGUGAGCACUUCGAGUUCCACAACCUGCCACCCCUACGCAACGUCACUGUCCACCUGUACCGGGAGACUGACAAGAAGAAGAAGAAGGAACGCAACAGUUACCUGGGCCUAGUCAGCCUGCCUGCUGCUUCUGUGGCUGGGCGGCAGUUUGUGGAGAAGUGGUACCCGGUGGUGACGCCCAACCCCAAGGGCGGCAAGGGCCCCGGACCCAUGAUCCGCAUCAAGGCCCGCUACCAGACCAUCGCCAUCCUGCCCAUGGAGAUGUACAAGGAGUUCGCAGAGCACAUCACGAACCACUACCUGGGGCUCUGCGCAGCCCUCGAGCCCAUCCUCAGCGCCAAGACCAAGGAGGAGAUGGCGUCGGCCCUGGUGCACAUCCUGCAGAGCACAGGCAAAGUGAAGGACUUCCUGACAGACCUGAUGAUGUCAGAGGUGGACCGCUGUGGGGACAAUGAGCACCUCAUCUUCCGGGAGAAUACACUGGCCACCAAGGCCAUUGAGGAGUACCUCAAGCUGGUGGGCCAGAAGUACCUGCAGGACGCACUAGGUGAGUUCAUCAAAGCACUGUAUGAGUCGGACGAGAACUGCGAAGUGGACCCAAGCAAGUGCUCGGCCGCUGACCUCCCCGAGCACCAGGGCAACCUCAAGAUGUGCUGCGAACUGGCCUUCUGCAAGAUCAUCAACUCCUACUGUGUCUUCCCACGGGAGCUGAAGGAGGUGUUUGCCUCAUGGCGGCAGGAGUGCAGCAGCCGCGGCCGGCCCGACAUCAGCGAGCGGCUCAUCAGUGCCUCCCUGUUCCUGCGCUUCCUCUGCCCGGCCAUCAUGUCGCCCUCCCUCUUCAACCUGCUGCAGGAGUACCCUGACGACCGCACUGCCCGCACCCUCACCCUCAUCGCCAAGGUUACCCAGAACCUGGCCAACUUUGCCAAGUUUGGCAGCAAAGAAGAGUACAUGUCGUUCAUGAACCAGUUCCUGGAGCACGAGUGGACCAACAUGCAGCGCUUCCUGCUGGAGAUCUCCAACCCCGAGACCAUCUCCAACACAGCCGGCUUUGAGGGCUACAUUGACCUGGGCCGGGAGCUCUCCAGCCUGCACUCGCUGCUCUGGGAAGCCAUCAGCCAGCUGGAGCAGAACAUUGUAUCCAAAUUGGGGCCCCUGCCUCGAAUCCUGAGGGACGUCCACACGGCGCUGAGUGCCCCAGGCAGUGGGCCGCUCACGGGGACCAACGACUUGGCCUCCACUCCCGGCUCUGGUAGCAGUGGCAUCUCAGCUGGGCUACAGAAGAUGGUGAUCGAGAAUGAUCUCUCUGGUCUGAUAGAUUUCACCCGGUUACCGUCUCCAACCCCCGAAAACAAGGACUUGUUUUUUGUCACAAGGUCCUCCGGGGUCCAGCCCUCACCUGCCCGCAGCUCGAGUUACUCAGAAGCCAACGAGCCUGAUCUCCAGAUGGCCAAUGGUGGCAAGAGCCUGUCCAUGGUGGACCUUCAAGACGCCCGCACACUGGAUGGGGAGGCCGGCUCCCCGGCGGGUCCCGACGCCCUCAGCACCGAUGGGCAGGUGCCUGCAACGCAGCUGGUGGCUGGGUGGCCGGCCCGGGCAGCCCCGGUGAGCCUGGCAGGGCUGGCCACAGUGCGGCGGGCAGGCCAGACGCCAACCACACCGGGCACCUCUGAGGGCGCACCAGGCCGGCCCCAGCUAUUGGCACCGCUCUCCUUCCAGAACCCCGUGUACCAGAUGGCGGCUGGCCUGCCUCUGUCACCCCGUGGCCUCGGCGACUCUGGCUCUGAGGGCCACAGCUCUCUGAGCUCCCACAGCAACAGUGAGGAGCUGGCGGCCGCUGCCAAGCUGGGAAGUUUCAGCAACACAGCCGAGGAGCUUGGGCGGCGGCCCGGGGAGCUGGCACGGCGGCAGAUGUCACUGACUGAGAAGGGCGGGCAGCCUGCGGUGCCGCGGCAGAACAGUGCCGGCCCCCAGCGGAGGAUCGACCAGCCCCCGCCCCCGCCCCCACCGCCGCCUCCUGCACCCCGAGGCCGGACGCCGCCCACCCUGCUGAGCACCCUGCAGUACCCGCGGCCCUCGAGUGGAACCCUGGCGUCAGCCUCGCCGGACUGGGCCGGCCCCGGAGCCCGGCUGCGGCAGCAGUCCUCCUCCUCCAAGGGCGACAGCCCCGAGCUGAAGCCUCGUGCUGGGCACAAGCAGGGCCCUUCACCUGUGAGCCCCAAUGCCCUGGACCGCACGGCCGCUUGGCUCUUGACCAUGAACGCGCAGUUGUUAGAAGACGAGGGCCUGGGCCCAGACCCCCCCCACAGGGAUAGGCUAAGGAGUAAGGAGGAGCUCACCCAAGCAGAAAAGGACCUGGCGGUGCUGCAGGACAAGCUGCGAAUCUCCACCAAGAAGCUGGAGGAGUAUGAGACCCUGUUCAAGUGCCAGGAAGAAACGACGCAGAAGCUGGUGCUGGAGUACCAGGCGCGGCUGGAGGAGGGUGAGGAGCGGCUGCGGCGGCAGCAGGAGGACAAGGACAUCCAGAUGAAGGGGAUCAUCAGCAGGUUGAUGUCAGUGGAGGAGGAGCUGAAGAAGGACCAUGCAGAGAUGCAGGCCGCUGUAGACUCCAAACAGAAGAUCAUUGAUGCCCAGGAGAAGCGCAUUGCCUCCCUGGAUGCCGCCAACGCCCGCCUCAUGAGCGCCCUGACGCAGCUGAAAGAGAGGUACAGCAUGCAAGCCCGUAACGGCAUCUCCCCCACCAACCCCACCAAAUUGCAGAUUACCGAGAACGGCGAGUUCAGAAACAGCAGCAAUUGUUAACCUGCCUGAGGAGGGAGGAGCCUGCCCAAGGAGGGGAGGACUGGUGGCCCAGGGCAGGGUCUCGGCCUGGGGAGGAGCACCCCACGGUGGCAGCCCUGGCGCAGGGGCAAGAGGCUGAGGCUCCCGUGCCCCUCCACCCGCGGUCCGGCAGGCGGCCACAGCGGGAGUCGCGAGAGACUGAGACAGCCUGGGCCUGCUGCCCCUCUGCGCCGCCUGAGAAGCGUGUGGGGUGCAGGCCAACGAGACUGCACGCUGGGCAGUGGGGACCGCCUGGGGGAAGCGGGGGCCUGCCAAAGUUUGUCUCUGUUGGUUACUGAAUUUGGUGUGUGUCACCUUUCCUCCUUGACCUGGCCGAGUGCAUGUACCCCUCCCCUUCCCCAGGGAGGGGGCAGCUGGGAGAGGUGGGGGACCGAAGAGCUAGGGGCCGACUCCUGUGGCUUCAGCUCGCCUCCUCAGGGGCCCAGGACUUGCUGGCAACCGGGCCUCUGCCCUGUGGGCCUGGCCCCUUAGUUCCAGGAGCUGACAGGUUGGUGGGCAAGCAGAGGGUGGGUGGGGAGGGCAGAGCUGCCAGAGUUCUGUGGCCUUUAUCCGUGACCCCACACCUGCCGCUGCAUGCAGCCUGUCAGGAACCUUCCCUAGCUGAGAGGAGCCGAGGAUUCACCUGCCCCCCCCACUGUACCUGUCCCUGUGCUCCCCGUCUGCCCCCUUCCUGCCUCCCUUACCUGUUCUGCCAGGUAGACCCUUGAGGAUCACAGCUUUUCCUUAUGGCCCUCCUACCUGUGGGGAGGGCCCAGAGCCUCCCUCACUUGCCAGGUGGGCCCAGGCUGAUGCUCUGGGGCUCCCCAAAGCCAAAGACCUGGGCAGAGUAGGCCCAGAUGGCACCAUGCAUGGCGCCUGCCCUUCUUCUGGGGCUGGCGCACCAGGACACGGUGGCCCUGCAGGGCGUGGCCAGCUGGCGCUCACUCUGAGAGAAAGGCUGAUCUUUUCUGAUUGAUGGUGAAAAAAUUCUAAUGCCCGCAGGCCCUGAGAAGGUGGAUAACUGUGAUUUUUUUCCUUUCACAGUAUGCAUUAGAGACAAAAGCCUGCUUGCUCGCUCGCUGGAACACAGGGGCCUUUUAAAUUGAGCGUGUGCACGGCAUGGGAAAUAGCGGCCCUGGAGGAUGUUAGACUUGCUCCCUCUCCAAGACAGCAGCGGCCUGCACCAGGCCCCGUGCGUGCGGCCAGCCUCCUCCUCACCCUCCCUGGGCCCCCAGCCAAGGACCCAGGCGCUGCAGGCAGGGGAGGGCCGCACCCACAGCCGGGGCCGUGCUCCCCAGCUCUAGGCUGCUCUAACUCUGCCCCUCCCCGCCUCCCUCUUCUGGGACAUAGGUGGGCAGGAGCUUGGGUCUCUCUCCGGCAUUCCAUGUUUCCACCCCAUCUCUGGGUAAUCUUGGCAAGAGCUGGGCGUUUGUGCCACAGCAGCGCCAGGGCUGGCAGCCUCCCCCUCUGCCUCAGCCUCAGGAAGCCCAGGAGACCCUUAGAAAGAGGGCUGAGCCCUCUCUGCCACCAGGGCCUGGGCUGCCACAGAGCCCAGCAGGUGGGAGUGUGGGAGGGAGGGCCCAGGCCACACUGCAGCCUGUCCGGGCCAUGCUCUCGGAGCAGCUCUCAGCUGAAACCUGCUGUUCAGUAAGGCCGGAGACGUGCGUGCGGAGAGGCAGGCCCCCAAGGGCCACAGACCUCAGGAAGGAAGGCCAUGGGGGCGCACAGACGGGGCCUGGCCCCAGGGAUGUCCUCUCGUCCCGUCUGGUCCCCAACUGCCCAGUGAGCCUCCCCUCCUCCCUCCCCCACCUCUCCCGCCAAUGCCUCAGAGCGACCUCGGGCUAACCGCCUCUUAGCAAUACCGGGGAGGUUCCCAGGCUCAGACAGCAGGGCACUGGAGGCCAGCGCGGUGGCCGGUGCUGGUGGCCCUUGGCAUGGGUUGUGAGCUCUCAGGCCGAGAGCCUUAUUUACCUAGUGCAAAAACUGUAAAAGUGUACAGACUCUUCACAGAUUUUUAUCUGAAUUGCAAGUCUGACGAUUUUUGUAAAUGUUCUUGGUGUUUGACUGUAAUGUAACUAUUUCACCUGAUGGUUGUACAUAAUCCUUUAGUCCUGGUGCUGCCAAGGGCUGCCCGGACUGCUGCUCUCCGACGGUUUGUAUUUUAUUUUGUAAUCUAGAAAACAGUAUUGGGUGGGAGGAAGCAGUUGGAACUUGGGUAUUGGGGUUUCUCCCCUGCCCGACACUUGCUGGCUGGGCAGUGGGCUGGGGCAACGGGGAGGUGAUGGGGACAUGUGCCCUAACUGGGCCAGCAAAGGGGGCUCCCACCUGGGCCCCCCGGCCCCCGGUCUGGUGGCGGAUGGAGGGAGGGAGGGCAGGCUGUCCCUGCUCAGGGGAGACGUGGCCCUGGGCCUCCAGGGGCACACUGGGCUGGAGAAAGCGCUGCCUUCCUCUGCCAGCACAGAGGCCUGACUCUUUUGCUCAACUUUUAUGUUUAGGGUGAAGAAAACUGCCAAACUUCCUAUAAGCAAAGACUCUUUUUCUGACUGCCCAGGGGUGGGGGACCAAGGCCAGAGCUCUCCAUACACCCCCUCCCCACCGGAGCACCUGCCCUGGGGUACACCUCUCUCCCUCUCACCCCUUCCAUCUGCAACAAGCAGGCUGCCCAGGGAAACAGCCCCUCUUUUCUACAUACUUGGCCCCAGAGUUGCUCCCAGCCCCCAAACCACCUCCCUGCUCCCUCUUUUGUAAGUAUGUGAAAAGGAAAAACACGCCGACGGUAGGGUCCUGGCUGGAGCCCCCCUCCAGCUGAGACUUUAACUGUGUAAUAAUGUACAGGGAAAGUGGUUGGUGUUCUAAGACUGUGUGGCUGUGCAAUUUCUGUACAUUUGCAAUUAGAAAUAUUAAAGAUUUAUUUAGCUAUUUUAAGCCUG